GACCACCAUAGAAGCCGCCUUCAUUUCAAACCCAUCAUCUUCAACCUCCCCACCACCAACCCUUUUCCAGUCACCGGAAAAAAUGGAUCCUAAACCUCAAGAUUCUCAAAACUCCGAGGGGAAACCACCGUCCGACCACCAAUCUCACCUCCCCAUUGUUCCUUUUACAUCCAUCACCCUUUCUUUCCCUCAGCUCCUUCCUACCCACUUCAUUUCUUCACCAAAAAUCUCACCUUUUUCUCCCAAAAUCCCUACAACUAUCAAAAUCCCAUCUCAAAUCUCCUCCCUUUUCAACCUUUCUCUUUCCUCCACCACCACCCUUCCCACCAAAUCCCUAUUGAAAUCCACCGUCUCUGCCAACCCUCUUCAAAACCCAUUACCCCUAAACCCUCGCCGCCCCUCUGACCCAUCCAACCCCGCCGGUCUCCGCCGUGCAUCCGUUGUCUGGUUCCGUAACGAUCUUCGUGUUCAAGAUAAUGAAUCUUUAACUUCUGCCAAUAAUGAGUCCAUGUCUGUUUUACCACUUUACUGUUUUGAUCCAACAGAUUUUGGGAAGUCCUCAUCUGGGUUCGAUAAAACAGGCCCCCAUCGAGCAUCUUUUUUGAUCGAAUCGGUUUCGGAUUUGAGAAAGAAUCUUCAGGCAAGAGGGUCUGAUCUUAUAGUUCGAAUUGGAAAACCAGAAACCAUUUUAGCUGAAUUGGUUAAAGAAGUUGGGGCAGAGGCUGUUUAUGCUCAUAGAGAAGUGUCUAAUGAUGAAGUUAAAGGUGAAGAAAAGAUUGAAAUGGGAUUGAAAGAUGAAGGUGUGGAGAUUAAGUACUUUUGGGGAAGUACAUUGUAUCAUAUUGAAGAUCUGCCAUUUAAAUUGGAAGAAAUGCCAACAAAUUAUGGUGGAUUUAGGGAGAAAGUUAAGGGUUUAAAGGUGAGGAAGACAAUUGAAGCUCUUGCUCAAUUAAAGGGAUUGCCAUCUGGUGGUGAUAUUGAGCCUGGUGAGAUUCCAUCUCUGGUUGAUUUGGGUCUCAAUCCUUCUGCUGCUAUGAGUCAGGCUAAACCGGUUUCUAAUGGUCCCCUUGUUGGAGGUGAGACCGAAGCACUACAAAGGCUUAAAAGGUUUGCUGCCGAAUGCCAAGCCCAACCGCCCAAAGAAACCAAAGAUGGAAAUAACGAUAGCAUUUAUGGCGCAAAUUUCUCGUGCAAAAUCUCUCCGUGGCUUGCAAUGGGAUGUCUUUCUCCUCGUUCCAUGUUUGACGAGUUGAAGAAAUCUGCUUCUAGAACGGUUUCCGCCGGAAAAGACGGUGAUGGUGGGAUGAACUGGUUGAUGUAUGAGCUCCUAUGGAGAGAUUUCUUCAGAUUCAUCACGAGGAAAUACAGUUCGUCGAAACAACGUAAUAUUGCUCCGGUUACGGCUUGUACGGCUUGAGAACGGCGGAUGUCGAUUGCUGGUCUCGAAUUCUUUGGUCAUCCAUCUCCAAAAAAAUGGCUUAUUUGAUUAAAAAUAAAGUCUUAAUGCUUUUAUGUGUCUUUGCUUCUUGGAGAGUAAUUUUUUUUUCUUGUAAAAUUUUUUGUUUCCUGAAAUUUGGAGUCUGAACACAAAUAUUGAUAUUGAAUGACCAUUCUGAAUGUUGUGUCUC